CGCCCUCGCAUAGAGGCAGGCAGUCAUGCGGUGGAAACAGUAGUGGGCAUCCGCUGCACGAACACACUUCGGGGAAAGAUGCACGAAGAGGAGGAUGGCAGCGAAGCAAGCCCGUGCACAGCUUCGCGGAUUGCGCCCGCCAGGUCGGUGGAUGUGGCCGAGGUCGAGGCAGCGAAGGAGCAGGCCUCCAAGCUGUGCGGGUACCUGCACAAACUGUCCGGCAAGGGGCCUCUUCGGGGGUACAAGCCGAGGUGGUUCGUGUACGAUCCGAGGAAAUGUUACUUUUAUUACUUCAAGACUCCCCAAGAUGCCUUGCCGCUCGGGCACAUCGAGAUCGGCGACGCGUGCUUCAGUUACGACGUGGAGGGGGAAGAGGGACAGUUUGAGAUCCGCACGACCGGGAAGGAGUUUCUCCUGAAGGCCCCCAGCAGGCAGGUGAUGCAUUACUGGCUCCAGCAGUUGCAGCAGAAACGUUGGGAGUACAGCAGCACCCGAGGCGCCGGUCAGAGAGACAGCUGGAGCUCUCCGACACUGGCCUACGCUCCCACGGGCCUCGUGGGCCAAGACAAUGAUGCACUUGUCUUUGACAAGCUAAGUGACAGCAUGGAGAAGGUCCGCAGCGACUUAGCCAUGGAGACAGAAACCGAUGGCGGCGGCAUGGUGGGUAUCCAGUCAGCCAGAGGGCCUUCUGCCGCGAACCCCCUCAACUUCUCCCUCAAAAACUUCGGUACAGAAAUCAGGAACUCCAUGUCUUAUCUGCGGCCGGGCCGAGGAGGUGAGAGCAGACGCAGUGUGUUUUACACCAACAGCAACAACAACAGCGCGGAGGAGUGGGAGCUGGUGGAUGCUCCAACCAAGGACUUCCCUGAACACAAACAUCAUCCAGACGCACACCGACAUUCCUUUGGGUCAUCGUUUACUUUUGACUUUGUGCGCAACUCAGCGCGUCCUAAGAAGCCUUUGCUUCGGGACAUGAUGGCCUCCGGGAGGUUUGGACGCACCUCCGAGACGCGCAGUGCCGAGAGCUCCCCGGUGGAGUGUAACGGCAGCAAGCCGUUGGAGAUGCAGCUUCGCCUCCAGAGCCAGCAGGAAGAACUCGGCCGCAUGCAGCACGAGCAGGCCAAACUCAGAGAAGAGCUGGCCAGUCAGAAGGAGUUGGUGAGACUUUUGCAGCAGACUCUGAGAACCUCCCAGUGCGACAGGCCGCCGGUGCACCGUCCUCCCCCGGCUCCAGCUUCAUCCGCAGCUUCAGACCAGACUCAAGGUUCGGAAGUAACCCUGCAAGAGGCCGGCCAGUUGGACGCUCUGCUUCAGGAAAGAAACGGGCAGGUCCAGGACUUGUGUGGCCACAUGGAGCGUCUCGCCUUGGAGAAGGAGAGUCUGCAACAAGAGCUGAAGGGCCUGAAGAUAAAGGUGGGGGAGAUAAACGACCAACUGGGGAUGCUGAUGGAGACCAUCCAGGCCAAGGACGAGGUCAUCAUCAAGCUGUCGCAGCCGAGUUCAGAGCAGAGCGCCACUCCCAACGAAGGCUCUCUGUCCCUUAACAAAGAUCAGGAGGAGGUGGACAUCCUGAAGGACAGUCUUCAAGGCUACAAAUCCCAGAACAAGUUCCUGAACAAGGAGAUCCUGGAGCUGACCGUGUUACGCAGGAACGCAGAGAGUAGAGAAAAGACUUUCGAAGCAAAGUACACGGUCCUGGAGGCGAAGCUUUGCCAGGUGGAGAGUAAGUUUCUGGUGCUGCUUCAAGAAGUGAAGAACCCCGUUUGUUCAUCUUCAGAGCAGAGCCCAGCGCGAGAGGUCAUCUCCCGAUUAUUAGAGGAUGCGCUGCAGGUGGAAAGCUCUGACCAGCAGGAGCACCCCAUCUUCAAACCAAAUAUUGUCGGUGAAUAUGACACGUUUGGCUUCAAGACUGUCCCUGAGGAGGAUGAAGAGGAGGAGAGGUUGUUUGCGAAGGUGAGAGCCCUGGAGCUGAAGUCUCUCUCCAUGACGGAUCAGGAGGUGUCCGUCGGGGUGAAGUGGGAGAACUAUCUGGCCAGCAUCAUGAACAGAGACCCGGUGCGCUCCCCCGAGCUCAAGGGCCUGUUCCGUUACGGGGUGCCCCAUGAGCACCGGUCCCUGGUGUGGCGCUGGUGUGUCUCCUUCCACGUCAAGAAGUUUCGCGACAACUUGGCCCCUGACUACUAUGAGACCUUACUCAAUGUUGCAAGGGACAAGCCCAACCCGGCCUCAAAGCAGAUCGAGCUGGAUUUGCUGCGUACUUUGCCCAACAACAAGCACUAUUCCUCACCGAGUGCAGGCGGCAUACAGAAACUCAGGAACGUCCUGAUGGCUUUCUCCUGGAGGAAUCCAGAUAUCGGCUACUGUCAGGGGCUGAACAGGCUGGCAGCUAUCGCCUUGCUCUAUCUGGACCAAGAGGACGCCUUCUGGUGCCUUAUAGCCAUUGUGGAGGUCUUCAUGCCAAGAGACUAUUACACCAAGACUCUGCUGGGCUCACAGGUCGACCAGCGUGUGUUCAAGGACCUGAUGAGUGAAAAGCUCCCUCGGCUUCAUGCCCACUUUGAGCAGAACAAGGUGGACUUCUCCCUCAUCACUUUCAACUGGUUCCUGGUGGUGUUUGUGGACAGUUUGGUGAGCGACAUCCUCUUCAAGAUCUGGGAUGCCUUUCUUUAUGAAGGCCCUAAGAUCAUAUUUCGCUUCGCCCUCGCUCUCUUCAAGUACAAAGAGGAGGAGUUUUUGAAGUUGCAAGACUCCACGGCCAUCUUUAAAUAUCUGAGGCACUUUACACACACAAUCCUGGAUUCAAGGAAGCUGAUGAACAUCGCCUUCGGGGACAUGAACCCUUUUCCCAUGCGACAAAUUCAGAACCGCCGCUCCUUUCAUCUGGAGAAAGUCCGUCUUGAGCUGACCGAGCUGGAGGCGAUCAGGCAGACCUUCCUCAGGGAGAGAGAGACGAGUCAGGACAGACGGAGCUUCGUCAGCGACGAUGAGGAGGAUAACUGACAUCCAGGUUGUCGCUGGAGUGCGAUGAGAAAAAGAUCCUCUCCAUACGUCGGUCAGGUGGUGCAGUCGUAACGUGAUUUUUCUUAAAAGAUAGUUGGAGUUAGUCUGGGUCGGACCAAUCAACUUUCCAUCAAAACAUUCCAGGCCAAAUGGGCUUUAUAUCAGUAUUCCUGCCAUUCAAAUGCUUUAUGCGUUGUGUUUGUGUAUAUGCCUUCUGCACAGCUCAACCUUCAGUGCCAAGCUACACUCUUGCAGUCCGAAUCAGUAUUUUAAAAACAUGGCUAUGAUCUUUUAAUAGUUGUCUGUUGAAGGAAUGAGUGUUUUUUUCUUUUCUGCCCUCAGUCCCUUUCAUGCAGGUCUUAAAAUUGUUUACCUAAAUCUACCACGUUAACGCUCAACAACACAUCUUAUGGAUUUAAAUCCUUGAUGCACUUGUAUCCCUUAUGCUGGAAUUCAAAUGUGGCUGAAAGUUCUGAUCACAAAGUUGUUCCAAAAUUGUUCAUUUAUUUCCGUCCUCUAGAGUUUACACAAAGAUAUCCUAUCAAACUUAGUGAUCUCAAACUUAAUCGUCCCAUGUCUUAUCCUUCACAUUGAUGGCAUUUGGACUAUUUUGGGGAAACAAUGCUUGUGUUUGAAUUUAUAUCUCAGGAUUCAGAUAAAAUUACGAGUCAUUCCAGAUUUGUCAGUCUAUAUAAUUUGAGAUAUUGUUUUUUCAAGGGGUUUAACUAAGGGGUAUAUAAUUAAAAUGUUAUUUUAUACUUAACAGUCAUUUAAAUACUUAAUUUUCCAAAAUGUAUGUCUAAAAAUCUUAAACUGUUUUGCACCUUCAUCUGUACUUGAGUAAAGACAACAUGGUGUGUUUGGUUGGGAGAAUAUUUAACAUUGGCAUCCAAUUCAAAAACUACAUCGGAGUAUUCCUAUGAAGGACCUGGUUAUCUGACUAUUUAAUGAUAAGUAUUCUAAAUCUGUGUAUUAAGAUUAUUCUGCCUUGCCUUGUUUAAGUAAUGUUCUUGAUUUUAAACAGUGAUUUACAUUUGGAUUAUUAGGUGCAAAAAGGGAUGUAAUUUCCCCCGACUAAAACCUGCAGUACAUGCUUAAUGCUGGAAUUCCCUUUUGGAUGUAUUUGCAUUUGUUGUCCUCAGUGUGGCAGUAUAACAUGUGCCUGUCCAUUGUUUACACUAGUUCAGUUUAUCCACAGGUUGAUUUUACUUCAUUAUACAGUAUUGAUUAGAUGUUUGUGAAGUCACUCUGUCACCACGGUGGCUUGUAAUCUAUGAGGAAGUGUUCAGGAGUGUGGCAACAUCUUUCUGUCUUCCGCAUCCAGGUACUUACAGAAGACUGUUUACUCUUUAGCACUGUGACCAUAUUCUCUAUUACACUUGUUUUACAAUUUGUACUGUUAAAUAUUCCGAUAUGAACCAAUGACUUGCUUAGAAUGAAACCACAUUUAUUUUAAUCUGUUUAAAUCUACAAGAGGGGAAUAUGUUUUCUUUCACUUAGCCCCUUCUCUUGUGUUCUGAUUUAUUGUUUACGGUUUGUUAUAACUUUUUAAUAAUGUUGUCAUUUCCUUUAUUUUUAUAUUAUUUGACUCUACUUGCUGUUACCAUGUUUUAUAUUUGCUGUUAGUUACAUAAUAUCUGUUCUGAUAUUGUCAGCCUUGGCACCAUGCCUACAUGUUUCUCUUGAACCACCUGAACUUGUGAACAAAUUACAUACUUGUGGUUGUUUUAAUGAUGGAAAUGUGAAUGAAAAAUAUCUCUAAGAAGAGAUUUAAUUAGCUUGUCGUCAUGGGAGCAGGUCUUUCAUGAGACUUAGAUCAGUUUAAGAUGGAAAGAUUUCUGAGGUCCUUUCAUUUUGUCAGAGGGCUCAUACAGGUAAUGCUCAUAUUUUUAAUACAUAUAUGUUCUAAGCAUAUUUUGCAUGCAUUUUCUUGUUUUCUGUCAGUUUCAUAUUCACAUUGAAUAAGCUAUGUUUAAUUAUAUUCUUUAAUUUCUCUCUUUUGCUUUUCCCAGCAAUGUAUUGCACACAUUAAGGACAAGAUUACUUCAGAAUAUUAUAGGGCACUUCACUUUUUCUUCUUUUUAAAUCUGGUCUCUUUUUGAUUGUUAAUUUGUAGCAUUUAAUGACACACUUUUAUGUUACAUCAUUGAGUAUAUGCCACUGUAUGUUUUUGGAAAACCAGUAAAAAGACACAUUCAACAAACAA